AUGGCAGAAUUCAAGAGAAAAUUCAACAAAGGUCAUGCCUUCACAAGCAAAUGUGUUUCCUUGGUGAAGGAACAACGGGCUCGUCUCUAUAUUCUCCGCCGCUGCGCCACCAUGCUUUGCUGCUGGUACAUCCAUGGCGAUGAAUAG